CGGCCGCUCCCCUAAAGGCGCUGCCGUUGCCUUUGCUGCUGCUGCUGCUGCUGCAACCCUGCCCCGCGCUGUCCUCUCCGCCGGCGUCCACCCCGGAGCCCCCGCCGCCCGCCGACAUGUCCCAGGCUGAGUUCGACAAGGCUGCCGAGGAGGUGAAGAACCUCAAAUCCAAGCCCACCGACGAGGAGAUGCUGUUCAUCUACAGCCAUUUCAAGCAGGCAACUGUGGGUGACGUGAAUACAGAGCGGCCUGGCAUGUUGGACUUCAAAGGCAAGGCCAAGUGGGAUGCCUGGAACGGGCUGAAAGGGACUUCCAAGGACAGUGCCAUGAAAGCCUACGUUGAAAAAGUAGAAGAGCUCAAGGGCAAAUAUGGAAUAUAAGGACUGGGUUUGGCUGCCAGCCACACAUUUCAUCUCGACAUAAUUUUAUAACGCCUCGUUUUUCUAAUACUGCGGAUGAAGUGAAAUAAUGAAAAUAACCGGUUAACCAACUUCUUCAGACUCUGCAGAGUAGGGACUGAAGCAGCCUUUGCAAAGUAGUUUUUAUCUGUAGAUUAUUAAAAGUACAUUUGCUACUUAA